AUGAAUCCAAGCAAAGUUGAAGAGGGUCUGUUUCAUCAUCACCUUGAUCCGAUCGCAGAACCUGAGCCGUUGAUUUUGGAUCACAGCCACCACGAGGAGGAACCCCCGCCGCCGCUGGAGUUCUGUCUACCUCCCUUGUCGGAAUUCGACUUGUUUCGUGAUGACAAUGAUGAAGAUUCCAUCAGCCGCACCUCCUCCGAAGCAGACGGUGCUCCACCAGCUACAAAUAAUAACGACGUUUCUUCCCAAAAAACAAACCCUAGACCUGAAUACGUUAACCCAGAGCCUCACAUAUCCUCUCAAUUUUACACAUUUAACAUCGAAUCUCACUCCUUGAUGAUCCGUUGUAUACUCGAAGGCCGUCUCGCGAAUCCCGACGAGAUUAAGGCGGCGACGCCUCAAGCUGUUCUCGCUAGCUGGAGGUCAGUCUGGAAAGACCGCAACGAAGACACCGCCUACCUGACGGCAUGGAAGCGAAUUCAAGAGAAGCUCACUGUCCAUAGAGGCCAACACGGUAAUGAAUUCCUUUGUUCCAAGAACAAUUCCAAUAAUCAAUUUGUUUCACAUACCAGUCAAUGGCAAGAAAUCGUCAUGAAUUUUCAUGGUGAUGCUGAUUUGAAGCACCUAGGGUUGAAAGAAACCAUAGAAAGAAUCAAACAAGUUUGGACAAUAGGUGCUAAGUUCUACGGGAUACCUGAAUCUUACAUUAGGGCUUGUGUAGCUGCUUGUCCUAUUUGUUCAGAUUCAAACGGCUCUGGUGGGGGACGAUCAAAAAGACGUAGAUUUGAGUACACGGAAUCAUUCGAUGUCCCAGCAAAAGAUGUACCUAGUAAACUGCAACAAUUGGCAACUAAACAUAAGGUUGUUUUAUGUAUAAGACAAAAGUACAUUAGAUAUAAGCCAUUCAUGGCAGAAGUUAAAGAUUACGCAUGUCAUCGAGCAGGGGAACCCGCUUCAUCAUCUAAAAAAUCAAGAAUCUUGAAAAGGGAACCUUAUGCUUCAAAGCGAUGUGGAUGUGGGUUUCGAAUAAGGGCAAUUGUGCCAAUUUCUAAUUACAAUGAGAAAGAUAAAACCUUUGUAUAUCAAGAAGAGGGAAUGGCUGUUUUCAAGCUCUAUGCUGUUCAUUCAGGGCAUGAACCUGGUCCAUUGGAUGGAAAUGCAAGAAUCAUGCAUAGAAUUGUUGGGCAUAAAGGCGGAUUGUUAAUCGAUCAAGAUCUGGUUUAUGGAAUGAGUGAUGAAACUGAUAAUGAAAACUUCAUGGGGAAAGAUGAUAGCGAUAUGCAACAUACGGUUUUGCAGCAAGUAAAGGAGUUAAAGAAUGAAGUUGGGCUUCUCGAAGCUAAAAUUACCAAAAUGCCACCUGAGCUUUUGAGUUCCAUGUCUCAAGAAUUGUUUGAUGUGAUAAGCAAAGUUAGAAACAUAGGAGAAUAUGGAUCAAAAUCAUUAGGGCUAAUGUCUGAUAAUGAUUUGGUAGAUUGGAGUGGACAUCAAAGGAUUUAUGGAGAUGGAAAAGAUACGGAUUUGAUUGAAGAUGAUGACGACAGUUUUGAACGGACACUUGGCGAUGUUGGAUCUUGGGAUGACACCUGUAAACCCGAAAAAUGGCUGAAAUGCAAUGGAUUUGAUGAAGAUUCCAAACUUACAAAACCCAUAAGACAUGAUGAAACAGAAACAGAUAGUCUUGUUGGUUUGCAAGUUGACAGUUUCUACCCUGAGAAUCCUAAAUGGUAUGAUUCCCCUUGUGGUUUGGACCCUGGAAUGGAAUGUGGGAGUAAUGGAUUCCGACAUGGGGAGAUUGUGUAG